AUGUACUAUGUUUUCUACUACCUGUGGAGGCACAACGGCGCAAAAAUUGGAGACACUGCCUUCAUACUCAUGUUGGGUACAGACCUACUCGUAGACUGGUCCUUACUUAAUCCGAUGGCGGAGCACAAGUUCCUCUGCACCGAGCUCUUAUACAGGGACUAUAUUCCGGGCCCACUGGAAUAUCUGUGCAUCUCUGGUGUCCCAUCUGUCUGGAACUGUAAUUUUGACAUUUUGACACAUGAAGACCGUCUGGAAAACGAACAGCUGGGUAACAUGGACCAGUACCGGGCAACGCGGGAGAUCCCAUUGCUGUACACCUUCCAAGACGAAGGCGAGGACGACAAUCCAGCUUCAUCUGGCUUGAAAAGGCCUUCUCAGGACGCCUACGGGACUUCAAACUCCCAUCUCACAUCCAUGAGGUUCCGUAAGACGAGCUUGUAUCAACUCUUCCCUUCGCGGACGUUGCGCGUGCAGAUUGGGCAUAUGUGUUGGUUGACCGAAGCAUGCAACUGGUCAUCACAAGCCGUGCCAUGA